UGGCUGGCUGACUGCUCAGUCUGUCCGGACUCGGCACUCGCUCGGGACGUCGCUUGGUGCGCUUCGUGGCGCUGCGUGUCGCGCUGGCCUCCGUCGGCCUGGUGUUGAGCGAGAUAAGCCCCUCUGCGGUUCAGUGCGACCGUCCUCGUGUGCAGUGCUAUGUGCCCCUUUCCCCGGCGUGCAGCUCCGGGUUGAAAAUCGCCUGACCGCCAAGCGGGUGGCUAUUGAUCCGGCGGGCGCCGCCAGCUCGAAGCGCCCAGGGCCAAGGCCUGAAGGGCUUUUGCUGCUUUCGCUCCAGCGACUGGCCAGGACCUCCAGCCGCUCUCCUGCACCGCCAAAAUGACGAUCCUGCUGUACGCGGGCGUGGGCCUGGGCAUCGCGGUGCCCGUGGUGUUCGCGCUGAGCAGGACCGUGCGGUACUACGCCAAGCUGACGGGGUGGUACCUGGGCAUCACCGUCACCGGGCUGCUCUUCAUCCCCUUCAUGGCGCUGCGGCCGCGCCACCCACGGAACUUAGUAGCCUGGAGCGCCAUCUGCAAGCACUUCGACUGGAUCGUGGGCGUCAGGUACAACAUUCGCGGCCUGCACAACCUGGAGAACCUGGGCGCGUGUGUCAUCGUGGCGAACCACCAGCAUGCCAUUGACGGCACAGGGAUGAACAAAUUGUGGGGCGCGCUCAAGAGAUGCACGAUCGUGUCCAAGAAGGAGGUGCUGUACGCCGGGCCCUUCGGCCUGGGCCUCUGGCUGGGCGGCGUCAUCUUCAUCGACCGACUCAACUCGGAGAAGUCCCGCGAGGCCAUCAACAAAGUGUCCGGCAAGCUGAAGCGCGAUGACCUCAAGCUGUGGAUGUUCCCUGAGGGCACCCGCCGCAACACGGGGGAGAUCCACUCCUUCAAGAAGGGCGCCUUCCACGUGGCCAUCGGCGGCCAGAUCCCCAUCCUGCCCAUCGUGUACUCGCAGUACUACUUCAUGGACGAGAAGCAGCGCAAGUUUGACAACGGCAACAUCAUUAUCUCGGUGAUGCCGCCGAUUUCGACGGAGGGCAUGUCUGUGUCAGACGUGAACGAUCUCAUGGAUCAAAGCCACAAGCUGAUGAGCGAAGAGUUCUCUCGCAUCAGCGCCGCCGCACAGGAAGGGAAGAACCUAAACUGAAUUGACUUUUUCUAUUUUGUGUGUGUGCGUGUGUGUGUGUGCGUGUGUGUUGUUGUUUAUUGAGUCACUCCAAGUUGUUGUUGUUGUUUUGAUUUUGUUGAAGAACCUCUAAUGACGGACAUUGUGACAAAAAGUGAAAGUGUUGUAGUCGUGCUGUGCAUCCUACUGCAUCGAUUCUUCUUUUAAUUAACUACUAUUAUUGAUAAAGACUGUAGGUGUUGCUGUACUUCGUUUUUAAGAAUCAUGAAGCCUUUUGGCGGACAAUUGCCAUUUUUUUUUCUCCCUCUUUAUUAUUACUAUUGUAAUUUUCACUGCGCCUUUUAUGAUACAUACUUGUAAAUUAGAUACUAUGCGACUAGUCUAGACUUAGAUAUACAAAUGUGCUUUCCUUUUCUUAAUAAAUGGAGAUCAAAAAA